AUGGCUGGAGCAGACAGCUACCCAUUAGGUCGGGAUAUAUUCCACUCAGUCCGUUUGGACGCCCAGCAUUUACUCCGGAGGCUUCACACAGGCUAUAUAGUCUACCCUUGUAUUCCCAUCAAUGAUAACUUGAGAAUUGCAGAGCUCGGAACUGGAACAGGAGUCUGGCUCUUUGCAGCAGCAAAGUACCUCCCACCGACCACUCAACUGGACGGAUUCGAUAUCUCCCAUGAGCAAUUUCCUCUCAAGGAGCAGUGUCCGCCUACCCUUAGGUUUGAUAAAAUGGAUUCUUUUGUCGAUCCACCAGCCACUCUUCUUGAUCAGUAUGAUGUGGUCCACCUUCCCAUGUGGGCGAGUGUAGGCGAAACGGCCAAGCAAUUUGCGGCAGGAAUCAAUAAAUUGUUUGGUUGGGUUGGCCUUGAUUACAGGGAAAUUGGCUUCCGCCUCAUCGCGUUCGAAAGACAGCAGUUCCAGAACAAUUUGAUCAACGUAUGCACCAAUAUGCAUCUCCUGGCACUCCAUGAAAUCCUUCAGGGACUCCGCCAAUCUUGUCCCCCGGAGGGAAUUCUGGAGCACGAAAUUGCUCUUCACCAUCUACUUCCCGUAGAAAGAAAAGGUGUCAUGCACAAUUGGUCUCCUGUCCUUUUGGUUUCCAUCUUGGGAAUUCAUGGAGGUGAGGGCUUGGAGAACAACGACAGGGUGGGGUAG